UCACUGUGCAGCUGUCCCUCGGGGAGCAAGUGUGGGAGGCGGAGGGCACCAGCAUAAAAAAGGCCCAGCACUGCACAGCAUCCAAAGCCCUGACAGAGUCCAGUCUCCCUAGGCCCUCACCACGCCUGCCCAAGCUGGAAGCCCACAGCAACCCAGGCAGCAUCACGCCCACAGUGGAGCUCAACGGCUUGGCUAUGAAGAGGGGAGAGCCAGCCAUCUACCGACCUCUGGACCCCAAGCCCGUGCCCAACUACCGAGCCAACUACAACUUCAGAGGGAUGUUCAACCAGCGGUACCAUUACCCAGUGCCCAAGAUCUUCUACGUGCAGCUGAUGGUGGGGAGCAGUGAGUUCAUUGGGGAGGGGCGCACACGCCAGGCCGCACGCCACAAUGCUGCCAUGAAGGCCCUGCAGGUCCUCCGCAACGAACCCAUUCCUGAGAAACGACCCCAGAGCGUGGAGGAGAAGAGUGAGGCCUGUGACAGCAGCGACGCCAGCAAGUCGGAGAUCAGCCUGGUGUACGAGAUCGCACUCAAGAGGAACCUUCCCGUCACGUUCCAGGUCCUGAAAGAGAGCGGCCCCCCCCACAUGAAGAGCUUCCUGACGCGAGUGACGGUGGGCGACUACACGGCUGAGGGUGAGGGCAACAGCAAAAAGCUAUCCAAGAAACGGGCGGCCCUUUCUGUGCUGCAGGAUCUUAAGAAAUUGCCCUUGAUCCCCGUGGUGGAAAAGCCCAAAAUCCGCUGCAAAAAACGCCCCAAGACCAUUUUAAAGACGGGGCCAGAAUACGGGCAAGGGAUGAACCCCAUCAGCCGGCUGGCCCAGAUCCAGCAGGCCAAGAAGGAGAAGGAGCCGGAAUAUGUGCUGCUGUCGGAGAGGGGGAUGCCACGACGGAGGGAGUUUGUCAUGCAGGUGAAGGUGUGUGACGAGGUCGCCACAGGGACGGGACCCAACAAGAAGGUGUCCAAGAGGAACGCGGCUGAGGCCAUGCUGCUGCAACUGGGCUACAAACCCUCCACCUUCACACAGGCUCCGUCAGAGCAGAUAGACAGCAAAGGCUGGAAUGGACAAAAGCCACCGUAUCCAGAAGCUACCAGCACCAUGCAGAAGGGGAUCCUCCACCUAUCCCCCGAUGUCUACCAGGAGAUGGAGGCCAGCAGAAACAAGGCCGGCCCCGGCGCCCCCCCGCUUAGCUACCCGGCCCCGGCCCCGGGCCCCUACUACGGCGGCAGCAGCAACACAGCGAGCAUCGCGCGGGAGCUGCUGAAUGGCGCGGCACCGGAGGCCGGGGGCACACGGGGAGGCAAGACGGCCCCCCUGCCCUGCGCUUCUGUGCGGCCCUCCCAGCAACUCGACUACUUGGCCCGGGUUCAGGGCUUUCAGGUGCAGUUUAGCGACAGACAGAGCGGCAAAGAGUUUCUCACCUACCUGACUCUGUCGCCCGCUCAGAUGGGAUUCCACGGCACCGGGGGCUCCGUCGAGGCUAGCCAUGACCAGGCUGCUUUAAGUGCCUUGAAACAGCUGUCAGAACAAGGACUGGACCCUGUGGAUGGACCGACGAAGGUAGAAAAUGGGUCGCGUGAAAAGUACGUUCCGGCAGAACCGCAGCCGCAACAUCUGGGAGGCAGGAUGGACAAUAAACAGAGCAGCUCAGACUCUCAGGACUGCAAGGAAUCAAAGGCCGUCGCUUAGAGUCCCCCCACCCAGCGGGCCCUUGGCCCCCCGGCCCCUGGCCCUGCCACUUCCUCAACACGCAACUCGCCAUGCGAAGAUUACCCUCUCCUAAAGCAUUACUCUUAUUGAUCAUUUGUAAAGAGAAAUUAGUCAUUAAGUAAGUUUAAGAGAAAUGAAUUAAUGCAUGGUACUGUUAAAUAAAGGGAAACCAAACAAAAUAUAACUAGAAAAUUUUCCCUUUUGAUAGAUUUUUUUUCUGCUAGUUGCCCAGUGUUGUAUCAGAAGAAAAAAAAAUAAGCUGCUGGUACCUUAAGGGUUAGCGACGAGCUAGCGUUAGCUUCUCACCUUGUUUUUAUCCUUUAUCACUGAAUAACAUGCUUGAGUAUUUGAGGUUAAUUAACCAGCGCCAGUGCAGUGAAAGCUCUAGUGAUUGUUUUCAUAUAUAGUGAUCCGGCUUCUAUGCUGACAUUCAUCUAACUAUAUGGAUAUGUAUGACUCUCAGAAUACCAUACGCAAAAAAAGAAAAAGAAAAAAAAAAGAAAAAAUAAGAGAUUUAUCAGAUUAACGGUGCACAGAACGUCUACGGGCCAGGAGCCGCUGUUAGAUGUUGACCGAGGUGCUAUUCCACAGAAACUGAAGGUGGGUUUUUUUAAGCUGGGUGACAAACAUAUUCUACCCCUCACCAUAGAGAUACAAUUACUAGAAUGGUUCAACAUAAAAGCACACCCGACCAUACUGAAGUGUAUGGCAUCUAAAUCCACAUAUCAGACAAGUAAGCAUUUUUAGAUCAGAAUGUAAUUCCUCAUUGACGACACAAGCUGCUGUUAUGCCAGGGUAACUGUGUGUGCCUUCGUCUAGGAACCCUAUGGUUAGCAGGGCAGCCAAACGGACUACACAACCAAUCUAGUAAUUCAAUAUCUAUGGCCGCCCCUACUCCUCCCAGUUUUGUCGACUACACAUCUUUGCCCAUUUUAUGUGUUUUAAUGAUUGCGUGGCUGGAUCGGAAGAGGGCCCGCAGAUGCCCUUUCAAAAUGUUUAUGAAAGAGGGUUUAAAAAAUAUUUAAAAAAAAAAAGUUUUUCUGACACAUGGGAUGUCCUCUGACUGGGUGCGUUGUGAAAUUGUGUCUGUAACUGAAUGGAAAAUGCAGUAAAACCACUUCAGUUCACAUUUGAAAA